AUGUCGUUGGGAGGACAUGAACGUGGAAAAUCUCGUGGCUGGGCAGCCUUCGACCGCCACCAACGACAGAAGCAAGGUCUUUUACCUCUGAACCACGACCCUGACUCUGACCGUGACCCUUUCCCCUCCUUACCUUCUUCUUCCUCAUCCUCCUUUUCUAUUAACACUUCUGGCUCUGGGGGUGGUGCUGUUCCAAAGCUUAAACAGCUCCACUCUUGGGCUGACCAUACCUUGAUUCAAGAUAUCAUGGAAGCUGUCGACCACGACUUUCAAAGGGCCUCCACUUUGUUGCAAGCCAUGGACGUUUCAUCAUCAGCCCAUGACCGUGAGACUGACCAAAACAGAAACCCGAUAAUGGAACUUCGCCUGGAAGAGGAAGCUUCUCCUAGCGGGGAACAGCUUUCUGAGGAUAACAAGAAUCCUCCAACUCCAAUCAUGGAAGGCCGCUUCAGCUAUGUACCCAUGGAGCCUGAAUGGGAGGAGGGGUAUGAUGAUGAAGAUGGUGAUAGUGAUGGUGUUUACUUGAGGCAUCGAAAGGAGGCUUUAAGAGCCAUGAGAUCAGCAUCACAACAUGCCAAGGCAGCAACAAAUGCUUUUCUCAAAGGGAAUCAUAGUUCUGCUCACCAACAUUCCCUCAAGGCUCAGCAACAGCGGUUGGCUGCUGAAGCCCUGAACGCCAAGGCAGCCAACGAUAUCUUAACCGUCAGAAAUAGCCAAAACGACGUGUGGAAUCUUGACUUACACGGUCUUCAUGCAUCAGAAGCUGUUCAGGCCUUGCGACAGCGUCUGCAUAGAAUCGAAACUCAGCUCUUGUCCAAUCGUUCUUUAUCUCCAAACAGCCUUGACAUGGAUACUAGGAUGAGGAGGAGGAGGACUGUAAGCUCUUCUUCACUGGAAUCCAUGGAGAAUAAGAAUAGAGAGCAGACAUCCUUAAGAGGGCAGAGACCAACAUCUUUGCAUGUCAUAACAGGUGUUGGUAAUCAUAGCAGAGGACAAGCUUCUCUUCCUGCUGCAGUCACAGGAUUCCUCAAUGAAAAUGGGUAUCAUUAUGAAGAGUUGAAACCAGGAGUGAUUACCGUUCGCCCCAAAUUUCGCCUUCUUAGUUAAAACCUCCCCCGGUUCAUUUAUGAUUAAACUUUGUAGAUUGUACCUUUGUAUUGCUAGCUGCUUUUUUUUUUAUUUAUUUAGUUUAGAUUAGCACCAAUGAAUAUGGUGAACUAAUGUCGUUAACUACAUCUUAUUUUUGUUUGAAACCAUGAAACGGGUACAUCUUGAAUCUUGAUACUGCCAUAUUGUAAACAAGAGUCAGAUAUAAUAUGUUAUGUUGAUUUAGUGCAUGCAAUUUGAUUUUUGUGCU